AGCGGUCCGACCGAGACCCAGCCGGGCUGGCACCUUUCCUCGCUGGGACAAGAUCCGAUCACGAUCAGUAUUACGAUAGAAUCGUUCCAAGCAGGAUCGAAAAAGCACCAUCCUCAAACUCCUCCGGACUCUCGAACGAAACACUCGACUAGAACACAAUCCCAAAAUGUUCAAGAACCAUCUUGCUAUGAUUGGCAUGAAUGAGACGCCAAACAAAAAGGCCAAGUUUUGGCAGUCAUACAUCAGAUCCUUGAAGGGAUCUGAUGAUAUUCGUGCACACGACACUCCGGCCUACCGGCGGCCGAUUCUGCUGUUCGACGAACCGGACACUGCUGUCGGUCGCAUCAAUUCGCCCGGUUACCAUUACCUGCCGGUUCACCGCGAAACCUAUGGCUACUCGCCCCGUCCCAUCUACGACCAUCACUACACGCGUUCGCAGAGAGCACCAAGCGUAAACAGACUGGCCGAUGCGGAGAAAGCCUGGGCUGACCAUUUGGAACGGAUGAGGGAUAUCGACCGCAGAUACCCAUCGCGCUAUGGACUGUACCUCAAGGACAAACCGAGCCAGGUAGUGUUCCCGCAGGAGAUGGAGUACGAACCGGAGACGAAACCGCUGUACUCGACGCUGCACUAAGACGGAGCCACGCCGUGCCCGGCCAGUAUGCUAGAAGGCUUGCUGACACUCCCUAUUCUGCUCCUUUAUCCGACAGUUGAAUAACUUUUCCUCCCCUACCCUUGUCCCACCCAACGGCUGGCCAGCACAAAUUUCCCCAUUUCCCAUAUCCGCUUACUUGAGAAUCAGAAAAAAAGCAGAAGGAUGGUGAGCAGAACAUACCCAUGAUAAGGUCAUCAAUAAAGCGAAUACGCUCUCGACGGUUUGCACGAGGUAUGAAAUCUAAGUAUGCAGCACGCAGAGUAUAAUGGCAUGAUAAGAGCCGAGCGCAGGUUCGGUUUACACGCGGAGAACCGCGAGCUACCGGGCGUCUGUCCGCGGAUAAAUAGUACGUAGUAGAGGAUGGAGGAAAAUGGGAAAAAUGUUACUUCUUUCGCAGUAACUUAAAAAAAAUACUAAAAAAAACUCUCCAGCUAAGAGCAAAAAAGAGAGAGCGAGCGACAGAGCGAGAAUCUUUUUAAAAACACAAUCAUGCAUAAUCACUAACAAUCUUGACAGAUGAAAGGAUAAACGGACGAACGAGAUGUUGUGUAUUUAUAUUUAUUUUGUGUUGGUUUCGUUGUUUUGCAUAAACGAUUUCUAAAAGUUCCCUAUUUCUACUAAAAAAAAGCACAACAGAAAGAGAUAAAGGGAUGGAGAGCGAAGAGCAGAGUACAUUGAAUAUAAAUUACAAAUAUAUACAUAUAUAUGUGCGGUGUAUACCGUAAGGCGUACACGCGUAAACAGUUCAGAAAAGCACGAGAAAAUCGAAGAAAAAAUAACAGUAUCAGAAAUGACGGUAUUAUUUGUUAACAGAUUGCAUACGAAAGAGCAUAGAUCAGGCAGCAACAGAAAUACACACACCUACACAUAUAAUGAACCACAGACACAUGCGCACUCGUAACUAUAUUUCUACACGUACAUGCAAACAUACACGGACAAGCCACCUUUAACAAAUGGAAGCAACCGCCUAGCGCGAACUGCGCAUACCGGACAGGACAGAACAAGCUACACUACACGGCAGUAAACACCGCACACACGCAAACACACGCUGUAGGCUAAACGAGAAUCCGAGAACGAAGAAGGGGAGUAUAUGAGCUAGCGAGAUCGAGCUGAGUAGCGGAGUAGCGGAUGUAGUUGCUAUUUCGAAUGUUAGCGAUUCUUUCCCUUUCCUCAGUUUCAACGGACCCUUCUUCAUAGCCCUUCUUCUCACACUCUCUCCUCGUCUUUUAAACAAAAUCUCCCUCCUUCAAUCCCCCAGCCGUAUACAUCGUCCCGAGUUGUUCUCCUUUCAACGGCUAUUUUGUCGUUCUCACGUUUUUGUGGCGCACUCCGGCGAAUCAGGCACAUACCCGGGAUCCUGGUUUACCGUGAGCUGCUCGCUAGCGGUGAGCAUUAUCAAGCUCCUGCACUGCAACUCCGAGUAGAGUGAGAAAACCAAAAACAAAGAAAGGAAUAAGAAAGGAGAACGAUGUUGGCACGAUGUAUGUGUGUAUCGUUGAUCAACGAUCAAGCGCUACGCUGGAAGCGAAGGCGCAUGCAAUGUUGGAGGCGAAAUGGACUGGGCGCGAAUGUGUGCGUGUUUGUAUGUGUGUUUGUGGCAGUGGCUCUCAAUGGAGCAUUAUAAUAACUCAUGUGAGAAAUAAAAUAAAAUUUAAUAAAAGAAAUAAAAUGGAUCAGAAACUGAACCAAAACAAAACCAA